AUUAACACUGCCGUUUAGUUUGAUUUGUUUGUUUUUUUAAAAAAAAUUUCACCUGUUUAUUCUGUGUUGUUUUCAUUCUGUGUGUGGGUGAAUGUGUGAUGUUUGAGCCAACAAUUUACCAACAGAUUUCCGUAUCUGCUGGUGCUAAAACCGGUACGACCAAUUCUGGUCAUCAUACUCAUCAUCUUCAUCAUCGUGGCAGUCAUAAUUCACGAUAUCUUUCAUCAUCAUCAACACCUCGAACGCAUUUGGAAUUUGAAGAAUACAACAGCAACAACAACAACGACGACGACAACGACGAAAAAGAAUAUAAAAUGUCCAAAUCUAAUCUAAAUCAAAAUGCUGAUGAUGAUGAUGAUGAUAAUCAUUCAAAACAAUUUACCAAUUAUAAUGAUAAUGAUGAUGAUGAUGGCGACCUGAUGGAUUUUUCUAAUACCCGCCAAUGCAUAAAAUCAAAUAACUCUACUUUACCGCCAUCUGUUGGACAAAAACUAUCUCCUACAUAUGAUCAUUCUGUUAAUUCAUCAUCAUCCUCCUCCUCCUCCACUUCUUCAUCAUCAUCUUCAUCAUCAACAACAAAACAAACAAUCAUGAAGAAUAAUGCAACAUCAAAAUUAAUAAUCAUUGCGAAUGAAAAUAAUAAUUCUGCCGAUACAACCGACACUGAAUCCGAAGAGAAUUGUAUCGAAGUUGAACGAUUAUCAAAUGUUGCCUAUGAUGAUGAUGACAAUGAAACCAAUCCUGAUAUAGAUAUUGAUGUUAGAACAUCGAAUACAGAACCAAUACCCACUUUAAACAGUGAUCCAAUACAACAAUCAUCAUUCUAUAAUGAUCAUCGCAAUACAACAAAAGUGAAAACUUCUAAUAAUAAUAAUAAUAAUUGCGAUGAAUUGGAUAAACAAGUUGAUUGUGAUUCAAUUGAUGCCCUUAAAUUAAAUUACCGGAAAAAAGAAUCAUCGGAUUUGAACGUCGACGAUAAAGUUGAUUUUGAUCUAUCGAAUGAACAGAAGCCAUUAAAAUAUUCUAUACCUAAUGGAACUAAUGAAACAUCAAAAACAAUCGAUAACAAUGAUGAUGAUGAUGAUGAUACUAAAACUAAACAAUCAAAUAUAAAGAAUCUAAAUAUUCGACAAUCAUCGAAAUCGAAUAAUCAUCAUCUUAAUGAUGAAAAUGAUGAUGAUGCGGAUGAAGAUACUACAAUGGCUGUUGAUGAUGUUGUUCAUAAUCAACACCAUGGUGGUAAUGAUAAUAAUAAUAAUGAAGAUGAUGAUGAUUAUGAGAUUGAUGUUGAUGUCGAUACUGAACCUGAUGUUGAUAUGUUGACUGAAACGAAUGGCUUUGGAUCAUCAUUAAAUGGAUCAAUACGUCAACCAUUAGAUUGUAUUCCGGUUGAAACCGUCCUACGUGAACAUUCUUCAUCAUCAUCAAUUCUUACCGAUGGACCAUUAUCAUUAUCAUCGCUUCAUCAACCACCACCACCACCAUUACCAUUAACAUUAUCCAAAUCGAAUGGUACAUCUUUUAUGCCUUCCAAUAACAAUACAACAACACUCAUCAAUGAAUCAAACCAAAUGUUGACCAAACCAACUAAUUCAAACCAAAAUUCUCAUCAACAUUAUCAUCAUCAGAAUCAUCAUUCGAAUGGUAGCAGCAAUAAUAGCAGUAAAAAUCAACAUCCAAAAUCCGAUUUGCCCACACAAUUGGACGUUUCACGCUGUACGCAUUGCGGCAAGCUGUUCCGUGGACCACGUUCAUCAAUUUCAUUGCAAGAACAUAUAACCAACAUUCACGCUGCCGUGGCGCCUAUUUCAUCAGCCGGCAAAUAUUCCAAAGCUACGUCACCAUCAUCAGCGAUGCCAUCGAUUAGGCCAUCAUUUACCAUUUCGGGUAAUGGUGAUUUGGCCAAUGACAGUGGUGGUAGUGGUGAAGGCGUUAACGAUGAUACUCAAUCCUGUACCAAAUGUUCGAUUACUUUCGAAACUCGAGAAGAUUUUGAAAGACAUCAGCUUUUACAUGCCAAUAAAUCUGCUCACUCAAAUGAUAAUGGCCAAGUAUUGCGCAAAUUCAAAUGUCAAGAAUGUUUUAAAGCAUUUAAAUUCAAGCAUCAUUUGAAAGAACAUAUACGCAUCCAUAGUGGAGAAAAGCCAUUUGAAUGUGCUAAUUGUGGUAAACGAUUUUCUCAUUCAGGCUCCUAUUCAUCGCACAUGACCAGCAAAAAGUGCCUAAUUGUUAAUCUAAAAGUGCGAAAGUCGGACCAAAUUGGACGUACUUCUCGUUCAUCUAAUCGUUCAAAUCAAACAAAUGGCACUGCAAUUUCGAAUGGUAUUCUAAGCCUUAACGAUUCUAUGAGUGAAACCGAAAAAAAUCUACCGUUUUUUCCCAAUGUGCUGGAUUCUCAAAAUGUCAAAAACAUGUCACCAUUUAAUACAUUCAAUAAUUCUACAACUUAUUUUCCAAACGGCUUCCCUGCUAAUUUGAUGGGCCUCAAUUCUUUUCUAAACGUUACAGCACCAAAUCUUGAAUUAUUUAAUUAUCUGCUCGAAUCACAAAUGGAAUAUAAAGGUUUCAAAAAUUUACCAUCACAUUUUCUUGCCAGUAUCAACAGUAGUGGUAGCCAAUCGAAUGUUGAAGAAUUUGAAAAACAAUUAAAAAAAGAAUUUAUUGAAAACGCAGACAUUGCUUCCAUACGACGUUUGUUACAAAUCGCUCAAGCUGCUGCUGUAUCUAAAGUGCAAGACGAACUCACUUCAGCUCAUUUGAAUGCAAAUCUUCAUAAUGAUCCAAACCUAUCCAAUUCAUUUCUUAAUCUAACGAAAAUGGCACAUCUAGAUUCGAAUAGCAAAUCUACCGAAGAUAUUGAUCCCAAUCGAAAAUCACCUUCUACUCCUACGAAAAACUGUCCAAGUUUGUCAGAUUUAAAAUCGGAUUUUAAUUGCAAAAAUCUCAAUGAAAGUACCAAUCUCAAAAUGGAAAGCGAUGAAGAAUCACAACGCGACUCUAGUUCUUUGGACGAAGAAAUGCUUAUGGCUGAUGGUAAAAAGGUUAGAGUACGGUCUGUUUUAAGCGAAGAAACUUUGCGCAUUCUUCGCGCACAAUACGCAAUCAAUCAACGGCCAAAAAAACAAGAGAUUCAUCGAUUAGCUGAACAGGUUAACUAUGCGCCUCGAGUAGUUCAAGUUUGGUUCCAAAAUAUGCGAGCUCGUGAUAGACGUCUAGGUCGUCCGAUACAGAGCAUGAAUGAUUCGCUUAACACUACGACCUCUAGUUUGGGCACGAUGAACAUUGGUACCGGUUGUCUAAAUAGUUUGAAUUAUUCAUCCACUGACCAAACUACCAAUAUGAACAUCAACCAACAACAAUCUGGGCAACUUUUGACACAAUCCGCUGCACAUUCCGGGUCCAAUUCAUUAGUAGCGGUACCAGCAACAGCACUAGCCGCAGGCAUUCCUUCUCCUUCACCUUUUAAGUCCACAACUUCCUCUGUAGCUCCCAUUGUUUCUUAUGGCCAGCACAAUUUCAUCAAUAAUGGCACAACCUAUUCAUCAUCGUCAUCGUCAUCACUGUCGCCUUCGCUUAUUGUCGGCCAGAAUCGUCAUUGUAACGAUUCUAGUAGUAGUUUUAGCUCUUAUUUGAAUACAACAAGCAACCAGCACGCACAAAAGCCAUUGAUUUCAAUUACGCAGCCAUCAACGUUGUUUCAAAAAACCGAUGCACCAAUUCAAGCCAAGUUAUUUGACAACAAUUUAUUUGACAAUUCUGACACAAUUUCUUCGACUCAUGAUGAACCUUUAGAUCUUUCUUUCAAAUCGAAAUCAUUGAAUUCAAGUAGUGGUUCAUCUACAGCGGAGAAUUCCCUUGAAGAUGAAGUAUUAAAUCUAAGUCUCAAAUCCACCGGCAACAAUUGUGCUAUAGCUCCAACUACAGUUACCUGUCUUGAUGUCAAUAACAGCUCACACAAUAAAGAUAAUUCAUCAAUGGUCACCACCGCCGUCCAACCAAAUGUAUCGUUGACAAUGCUGCAACAACAGCAUGAUCUUGAUGCGGACAAUCUUCGUAUAGUUUUACUUAACAAUUCAACCUAUGGUAAAUCCUGUAAUGAAACCGGUAGUAAUAGUAGUAACAAUAGUCCGCGAUCUAUCCGAGGCCGAAAACGAAUCGCUCCUGAAUUGGAUAUAAACACCAAUAGUUCAAACGAUUCAAAUAACAACAUUAUGCGGACAAAUAAUUCAUCACCAAAAAAAGAGAUGAAGCUCAAUGGUUCAUUAAGUAAUCAAAAUUCUCCCGACAACAAUCAAAGUGAAGGAUUAUUCACGUGUGAUCAAUGUGAUAAAACUUUCAGCAAACCAAGCUCAUUGGCUCGACAUAAAUAUGAGCAUUCGGGUCAACGGCCACAUAAAUGUGAUGUAUGCAACAAAGCUUUCAAACACAAACACCAUCUGACCGAACAUAAGCGCCUUCACAGUGGUGAAAAGCCCUUUCAAUGUACAAAAUGUCUUAAACGAUUUUCUCAUUCGGGUUCAUAUAGUCAACAUAUGAAUCAUCGUUAUUCUUAUUGUAAACCGUACCGUGAAUAAACAUUCAUAUUUAGUUAA